UUGUAUUAAUGUUCCUACUGCUUGUUGUGUUAAAAUUCAAAGUUUAAUACAAUACCUUGCGCUGGAUCUAACAUUUAUUUCAUGUGAACAAAACUCAAUUAGCCAUUACGCCAGAAGUAAGGUGGUGAAACAAAGGAUCAAAAUAUAACAGAUGUAGCAUCUGACCAGGAUGGCUGACACUGAGCCAUCUGAUGUUGUCGACUGUCCUAUUUAUCAUGUGAAAAUUGAACCCAUUGAGACUGAUAUUGAGAUAGAACAGAAUGAAAACGAAGUACCUUCAACAUUCUGGUCCGUUGAGGUGAAGAACGAUGAUAGUAUCUGCAGUUUAGUUGUGGAAAGUGUAUUGGAAGAGCCGGAAUAUAAAGAAUUUUUUCUGGACAGUCAAAUUGAAAUUAAAGAAGAAAACUUAGAAUCCUUGGCAAUACCGUCUGAAGAAAUCAAAACAGAGAAGUUGUCAGUACCUAAAACAUAUGGACCAAGUAGAAGAAAACGUGAGAGUUCCUUAAGCAGUGGAGUGCCUCAAGUGGUAAGUUUUUAUUGAUUAUGUUUUCAAUUCUAAAACUACAAAAUUAUAAGU